AUGAAACAACUAGUAAUUCAAGAUGAUGAAAAUGCGAUACAACUAUCUAAUUGUUCAAAUAAUGAAGCAACUGGUAAUGCAAAUCAAACAGAUGAAAAUGCGAUGCAACCAUCUAAUGGUUUAGGUAAUGAAGUAACUGGUAAUUCAAGCCAAACCGAUGAAAAUGCGAUAAUAAAACCUUCCACUAGUCCAAAUAAUACAAAUAAUCAGAAAACUGCACAGUUAAUGCUUAAUACAGCCGAAAAUGUAAACAUAGAUAAGUCUCGUGAAGGCAAUCAAAAUGAUUCUGAAAAUAAUAUACAUUCAAAAAACGUUACAACCGAUGAACCAGACGAAGUUGCAAAUGAAGGCAUGCAUCUAUCUACCAGAUCGAAUAAUAGUUCCGAAGAAAUGGUACUAAUACCAAUUAAAACCAUUAAAACCAUUAAAACCAUUGAUGAAUCAUGGAAUUUCUUAUUACAUACUUUUUAA